UAAAUGCUUAAAAAUGAGACCCCAGGAGACUCCUGAUAAUAGAUUCCAUGAACAUUGCUUUCAUUAGAAUGGUCUCACUCUUUCUAUACUGUGUUACUGUGUUCUGUGACUUUCCUUUUGUUUGGUUUUCUUCCUGUUAAGCUGCUUAGAAACAAUGCUACAUUGUGAACAGAUACAGAUCAAAUGGAAUUGAAUAAGUGUAACACUUCGCAAACAAGAACCUUUUUAAUCACGUUUCUAUUUAUUUUAGUCUAAUACUAGAAGCUUAAGAACAAACAUGAAGCAGAAAGAGGAAGAUCAAGACGUUUGCACUCUUAGAAGAAAUGAUCAUUAAGUGUCUUCUGUGAAUGUGUGAUUUCUGUGAUCAAUGCCUUCCUUGAUUUUGAUUUUGAUUGCAUUUUGUUUUUACUGUAGUACUUUUAUCUUUCUUCAUCCGUUAACACUGAUAGACCGUAAGUGAUUUUGUUGUGUGUGUGUGGAAACAGAAGGUCAUUAUGAGAAUGUGAGUGAAUUACACGAGUAGCUCCUGUUGAUAUGAUUGAAAGCAAUAAAAUAAUUCACUUAUCUGCUUCAUCUCUCUGUGCUAGGCACUGCUGAGAUAAUAAACCAGGACACAAAAACAUGUCAAUGACAGAUGAUAAACGCUCUCUAUCAUCUCACAACCCUUCAGAGAAAAACGAAUCCACACCAAAAUUCACUUUUUUAGCUGCAUUACAUUUUUAAGAACAAUGAAAUUGCCUUUCCAAAUCCAAAUUUUUUCAAUGUUGGCCAAUAAUAAGUUGCUUUACAUUAUAAACAACAGGUUUGGAACUGAUCAUUUUUAAAAAAAAAUGUUUUAAAUCUUUUUCAAUAAGUUAAUAAAAAUAUAUCUAAAUGUAUAAAAAUAAAUGUUGCCCUUAUGACUUGAGAACAUAUUUUGUUCCAGUGUAUCAUCUGCAGGUCCUGUGAGAUGGUCAGUGUUUUAAAACGAUAUAAAACCAGAAAUUUGUUAAACAUUGUUCAGGGUCAUAUCAUAGCACUGUAUGAUCUCAGUACUUUACAUAUUCUGUGUUUUUUAGAAGGUCAAGUCCAUUUAAAUUUUUUAGCAUUUUCACAAUUUCAUUGUUGCAAAGCAGCUACACAUACAUCACAUUUCAAGAAUAAUAAGAGAAAUGGAUGAAUAAAAAAUACAAUUAAAUUAAAUUAAGUUUACGCAUUUGGCAGACGCUGGUAUUUAAAAACCUGGUCUUCACCAUGCAAAGUGCAUUAAUGAAAUGUAACUGUAUAUACUCCGCUGGAUUAGAAACUGUAAAUUGUUCAAUUGAAGUAUAUUAUUAUUCAAGAUUUGUAUUUGUUACAUACACAGUUGAACAGAGAAUAUGAAGAGUUUGGUUCCAAAAUGAGAAUGACAUUUUUUUUUAAAUCAUGUUUUUUAUGAUUAUCGUGUUUUCUUCUAUAAGUCAGGUGUGUUAUUUGAGUUCUUAUGUCUUAAAUCAAAACAAACCAACUGCAGUUUGAUUGAUAUUAAUUGGAAUGCACAAUGAAAAAAAGGGAGUUAUCUCAUUUUGGAACCGAUCUCUUCAUACAUAAAUGUGUUUGUGCCAAAUAAAAAUCCUGAAUCCAUUACUAAAAGGUUAAUUGAGUCUCAGACUCUGUGUCUCUGUGUGUACAGUCACGUCUUCAAUUUGCUGUGUUUCAUGUGAGUCAUGUGACAGUGAAGUAACCCUCAGCGCUCGACGUGUCUCAGAAGUUCAUUGCCCUUCUGUCUCUUCCGGUUGGCGUUUGUCCCGCUCGUAUGUCUGUGAUGAUAGCGGUCAUAUAAGUGAAUACCUGAAGAGUCCUUGGUCGCUUGGUACAGCCUGGUGUAAGGACUAUAUGCUGGAGAUAACAUCACCUCACCUAAAAUACAUCUGGGCUACCUUAUCACCAUUCUCCUGAUUGCUAAGUGCUUGUUUAUCUGACACACGGACUGGGUCAAGGUUCAGAAGUUUACCCGCUGUGAGCUCCUUAUAAAUAGGAGCUCAUUUCAGAUACGGUGAGUGUCUCAGCGCUUCGGUCCACACGUUUCGCGCGCCGUCAUGGAUUCUGAAUGUCACUGGUGUGGCGACUACAGCAAAGGACAGUCCAACGCCAUCCUCUUCAACAUCCUCAGCCGCCCCGAACCGAGCGCGCCCAACUACGGCCGGGUUCCUCACGCCUGCCGCUGCGAGACGCGCAGGAAAGUGUGUUUGAGAACGCCGGAUGACACGUGCCGGGUGGCGUCGGGCGUGCUGGUCAAGACCAUGCAGUUCAUGAGGAGUUUGCCUGCGUUUCAACAGCUGCCGCCCAAAGACCAGCUGUCUCUGCUGCAGAACUGCUGGACGCCGCUCUUCAUUCUGGGUCUGGCUCAGGACGGGGUCCACUUCGCCAUCCACGACGCUCCGGCAGCCAGCAUGCUGAAACAGAUUCUCCUCAACCGCCCAGAGGCGGAUAAGUCGGAGCGCGAGCAGCCCACCCUGGGUGGCGUGCAAACUCUUAAAGCGUGUCUGAAGAAGUUCAGGAGUCUGGAUUUGAGCCCUAAGGAGUACGCUUACUUAAAAGGCACCAUAAUAUUCAAUCCCGAUGUGCCGGGUCUGAAGGCGUCUCUGUUUGUGGAGGGUCUGCAGUAUGAAGCUCAACAGGCACUGAAGGAGGUCUUGGUUCCUCCUCAUCCAGAAGACACGGGCCGAUUCGCCCGCAUCCUCCUCGCCGCGUCCACGCUGAAGGUCAUCACUCCAGCUCUCAUCACAGAACUGUUCUUCAGGCCGGUCAUCGGUCAGGCGGAUCUUCUGGAUCUCUUGAUGGAUAUGCUGUUCACCAGGUAGUGACCUUCAACAGAACACUCGGCACCUUGAGAAGGGGUUACAUCUGAAAUAUGAUUCCAGAAGUUACAGGUUCUGUCAUUGUUUACACUCUUUAAUGAAAUUACUGCAUCUGUCUGACACGCCGUCUAGGUCACAAGUGUGUGAUUUAUUUCUUUGUGUCGUUGUUUUUGUUGGCUGUGUUAGAAACACACUUGAUGUUUUUUUUAGUACAGGAAUGGAGUUUUUCUUGUAGAUAAAUACCUCUGUAUGUGCUGGAGCUGUGUAUUUUGUCUCUGUGAGAAAUCUCUUUUUGUUUUUGUAUGUUCAUCAUUAUUAAACCUAUUUUUACACUA